UUUUAUAACCUUUUAUCGAAUUUUUUGCAAAAGCUGUAGAUCCAGCCGGUAUUUGAACAAAACUUGCCUUUUGUAAAUUUGUUAUGGAUGAACAACAAAUUAAGUUUUACAGCCAACAGGCAGCAAAAGCUGAAGAAGACAUUUUGAGGUUAAGAAACUCCGUGCGCAAUUUACAAGAUUGCAUAGCGAAUAAAGCAAAUUUACUAAAUGGCUCUCAGGAAUUAAACCAGCUAAUUACCGAAAACACGAAGUUAAAACAUCGUCUGGCAAUCCUCAAUAGAGCUGUUGCUGCAGAAAAGGCAAAGUUAAGUAGUUCAAAUAACAUGGAUAACCUCCAGCAGCUGCUAAGCGAAAUAUUUGAAGCUGCUAUUAAGAGCGCUUUUCCCGAUCUUCCAGAUCCUCCUGUCGUAAUUGCAUUAUCGGGUAAUAAUGUUAAAUUUGGCGAUUACCAGUGUAACUCUGCUUUGCCGAUUGCUAACAUAUUGAAACAGUCGGGUCAGAAGUGUCCUCCAAAAGACAUUGCCAAUAAAAUUGUCGCACACGUUUCUCCAUCACCCAUGAUCGAAAAGUUGGAAGUGGCAGGGGCCGGUUUCAUUAAUGUUUUUUUGAGCAAAACCUAUGUAACGGAAAAACUAUCAUUAAUUUUGAAAAAUGGAAUACAGCCUCCAUUGUGUGAUAAACAGCGAGUUCUAGUUGAUUUCUCAUCACCAAAUGUUGCAAAGGAAAUGCACGUAGGUCAUUUAAGAUCUACAAUUAUUGGCGACAGUGUCUCCCGCCUCUUAGAAUUUCUAGGGCAUCAUGUGAUAAGAAUAAAUCACGUGGGAGAUUGGGGCACUCAGUUCGGUAUGCUUAUUGCCCAUUUGCAGGAUAUGUUUCCGGAUUACCAACAGAAGUCACCUCCUAUAAGCGAUUUACAAGCAUUUUACAGAGAAUCCAAGACACGGUUUGAUGAGGAUCCCGAAUUUAAGAAACGUGCAUAUGCGUGUGUUGUCAAAUUGCAAGCGCACGAACCUAGCUACCUACAGGCUUGGAAUUUAAUUUGCGAUGUUUCGCGUAAAGAAUUUCAAAAGGUGUACGAGCGUUUGGGAGUAAAAAUAACGGAGCGCGGCGAGUCCUUUUACCAAAAGUUAAUGGAGGAAAUCGUGAAAGAGCUGGAACAAAAGGGAUUUCUGGAAGAAGAUGAAGGUCGGAAAAUCAUGUGGGGUGAAGAAGGCGUGGGGAUACCCUUAACGAUUGUUAAAUCUGACGGUGGCUUCACAUACGAUACCUCAGAUAUGGCUGCCAUCAAACACCGGUUAGAGGAAGAUAAGGCUGAUUGGAUUAUUUACAUAACGGAUGCCGGGCAGGGAACCCACUUUGAGAAUAUUUGGAAAUGCGCAGAACGGGCUGGAAUUCUGAAUCGUAAAGUACACCGCGUGGAUCACAUCGGUUUUGGGGUUGUGCUUGGUGAAGAUAAAAAGAAACUGAAAACACGCUCCGGGGAUACAAUCAGAUUAUGCGACUUGUUAGAUGAGGGUUUACGACGGGCCCUAGACAAGCUCAAAGAUAAGAACAGGCACCAAGUUUUAACAGCAGAAGAGCUGAAGAAGGCACAAGAGUCUGUAGCUUAUGGUUGCAUCAAGUAUGCGGAUUUGUCUCAUAACCUCAACAAUGAUUACAUAUUUUCAUUUGACAAGAUGUUGGAAGACAAAGGCAACACGGCUGUGUAUCUCCUCUAUGCAUACACGAGAAUAUGCUCGAUAGCCCGCAAUGCUAAUUACACUCCAGAAAAGGUGAAAGAAUUAAUUAACGCAGUUUCGAUUUCGUUAGACCACGAGAAGGAAUGGAAAUUAGGCAAGGUACUUUUACGGUUUCCGGACGUACUUGUUAAAAUUACACAAGAUCUCCUCUUACACCACCUUUGCGAAUAUCUUUAUGAGGUUGCUGUUAGUUUUACAGAAUUUUACGAUUCCUGUUACUGCAUUGAAAAAGAUUCUUCGGGUGAUAUCAUUAAAGUCGACGACAGUCGUAUAUUACUAACUGAAGUUACUGCAAUGAUAAUGGCGAAAUGUUUCCAUCUUUUGGGACUGAAUCCUGUCAGCAAAAUGUAAUAUAUAUUAAUAUUUGUAAGGAAUAAAAAUAUAUAUAAAUUUUAAA